CAUGCUUGCCCUGUUCCAUCGUGUUUCGUACUUCCCUCGAGUUCUGCACUCCUCAUUCGUUUUCCGCAAUAUGCCGAUUACUCGCUCUGCUAGUAGGAACAACACUGUAAAUAUGACCGACGUUGUCGAUAAUCCUCCGGAGGUUGCGACAAAAAAGACCAAUGGUACAAAGCGAAAGGCUGCGAAUGGUGGAGGAAGAACAUCAAAGAAAAAGGCAAAAGCAGAGGUCAAGGAGGAGGAAUCCGAAGAGAGCGAGGACGUCAACAUCGACCUGCCUCCUCCUUCAGUUCCUCUGGAUGAUCCUUCUCGCAGCCUUGUCCCUGCCGAAUUGACAUUCUCCUUCGAUGAUGCGAAGAAGCAUCUCAUCAGUGUCGAUGCUCGAUUCAAAAUCCUUUUCGACAGGCUGGGCUGUGGACCCUUUGAGCACUUGCAACAAUUCGACCCUUUCAGUACGCUGGCGGUGUCUAUAUUGGGACAGCAGAUUUCGUGGAAGGCGGCACGGGCUAUACAACAUCGCUUCAUCCGACUGUUCAAUCCUGGGUUGCCAGAGAAGGCUACUGUCCCAUACGACAAGGAUGCAUACUUCCCUACUGCAAAGCAAGUAGCAGAAACAGAUGCUACAACAUUGCGUUCGGCUGGCCUCAGCGAAAGAAAGGCAUCGUAUAUCUUGGACCUGGCCCAGCGCUUUGCAGAUGGCAGACUGUCAACUGAAAAGCUGCUUCAAGCGGAUGACGAUGAACUCUAUGGGCUGUUGACUGAUGUCCGCGGAAUUGGACCCUGGACUGUGGACAUGUUUGCCAUAUUCUCUCUCCGCCGUCCGGAUAUUCUUCCUACCGGUGACCUUGGGGUGCAGCGGGGCGUCACACGCUGGUUUCUAGCCAUGCACGAACCCUCAUUUAAUAUCAGUAUCUCACCAGACAAGUUACCCGGCUGUCCUAACGAACAAGAUUCAACACAAGGAACAGAUGUCAAGGCUGCUGCUCCAGCGUCAGGAUCUGCGGGCGAGUCAGACGCUUCAGUGAUUCUACCAGCUGCCGCCAUACCAAGCACACCACAGGCAAGAGGCAGUAAUGCCCCGCCUCCGCCAGUCACACCGUCAGUGAACAAGGCUGUGAGUCAUACCAUCACAAUGCCUGGAGAAGACGUUAUACCUCUCCCUUAUGGAAUUACUUCCAACACCCUGAAGGCGCGUCUGAAUGCGAAGCAGCGGGGGAAAUCUCAGUUGCUUAGUCCGACCGAGAUGGGUGAGUUCACGCACCCAUGGAAACCAUAUCGCAGCCUUGGUGUUUACUAUAUGUGGGCCGUUGCUGAAGGCAACUCGGCAUAGUCCACGGCAACUCUAAGGGCAAGAACUAUCGCCAUGCCUGAUGUGCAAUGUAACGUACUCUUCAGAAUCGUGCCAUUCAUGCUUUCUUCAGGGUUUUCCGAGUAGGGCAUUUGAUUACCCGAAUUGCAUUUCGCCCAUUUAUGACGACACUGAUUUCGACAAUACCAUUCUCUUCUUGAGCUUCUACUAGUAGAUUUGUUUGCACCAGCCUGGCAGAUUGUACAGGAUGCAUGUUUUUAUUAUUGUUAAAACUGGUCCCCUAGUGGAGCAUCUACUCGAGUAGCGCACAUGCGCAGCUGGAUCAAUGGUCUACGGAGCCCAAUAUUGAC